GUUGACAUUUUUCUGGAUCAUCUGAGAAAAUUCUAAGAGAAAAUUAAUGUGAGUCCCCAUCGUUAAUCCAUUUGCCAUUUGAUGUCUAUAAGAAAAUUCUCUUCUAAGACGACCAAAUAGCCAGAUCAGAUGGUGCUUCUGAGUGGAUCAGUCCCAUUCAUUUCGGCUUUUUCCCAGAUUCCUCAAGGGUGGCUUAACCACCGUCACCAACCCCAACCAACACUCUUCCCCGCCUGGCUAUUUGGAUGUUUCUAAUCAGGCUCCUGUCACACAAUUGAAUAUUGCAGUUACAGUCAUCAACAAGAUGGUGGUGUUGGGAUUUACCAAAAGUUGUGGAUACAAGAUGCUGGAUAUUGAAAUUCCUGCUGGGUAAAAAGUUUGUUCCAACUUCCAGAGACUCCGAACAGGAGUAUAUGAAAAGCAUGAAAUUCUAAUGAUGAAAGGUGAAGCAACAUCAUAUGCGGCCUCAUCAUGAAUCUUUGAAUUCAUGGUGGGUGCUUUGGCUUCUUUUUCUUCUUUUUCCUUGCUCAACACACAAAAGGAAAACCAGUCCCCGCCAUUCCAUUCAUUUUCCAUGUACUAUAUAGUAGCUUUCCCGCUGCCUUGUUCUCAAAAUUGGGUCUUGAGGACCCUACCAAUAUCUGGGGAAAAGAUCAUGCAUAUCUAUUCAUGGAUUAACCAUCUUUUUAUAACACAAUGGGCGUGAGAAUUCCCACGCCUAAGGUGACCAGAGACAUUCCAAGACCAUAGAAGAAAUGCCAGGGGGGUUGGGGAUAUUUCCGCUUGGGAGUUGCUUUUAUGGAUGUCGUGACCAUACGCAUGCCUCGGGACUUGGCACCAGGAUCUGGAACCUCAGUGACAGGCCCGUGGAGUUGCAGAUAAGGGUGGGAUCAAUAUUGAAGAAGGGUCACAUACUGAAGCCAGGUGCCUCAAAGAGACUGAAAUGCAAGAGCAUUUACAAGGCUCACAUGCCCGGUAGGGGUGGCAGCAGUGGCGGAAUGAACAGCCUGCUUUACUACUACGACGAAACUUGCCACCCUUACGUUUGGAUACACGACAGCGUGGGCGAUUUCACACGGAUGGUCAAGCAGCAGUACAUCAGUCUGGAGGACCUGAGAGAUUGCUCCGAGAUCAGAAUUUUCAGAGACCAUCAGAGGGGCUGCAUAUCGGUUCGCAAGAAACCAAGGCCUGACUUUUGCUGAAUCUCUCUUUGCUCCCUUUCAUUGUAAGUUUAGACCACAUGAUAUGAAGAAGCAUUGAUCAGGAUAAUGUUGCUUUGUAAUCCAUAUGCUUGCUUUUUUUUUUUUUUUUUUGAAACUGUGUGAUUCAAGGCUUGAGGUGUAAGUGUUAAUCUCUAUGGACCAAGGGAUUUUACAGAAUCAAAUUGGUGCAGUUGUUGGAUCCAGUUUUUAUCUGUUUUCCAUAGAAUUUAUUCCCAAAAUCUGGAGAAGUAAUAUUUGUUGAGAGAAUCGAACAAGAACUCAAGAAGUGAAAGCAAGUUCCAAGAAAGAUCCUCCAAAUCAAUUCAAGGCUUAGGCAACAAGCAAGCGCUUUAGAAGCUUGACGUAUUCAACACGGGAUGCUGCCAUAGGAGUCUCGAUGAAUUCAACACGGUUAAUUUAGUCAGUGGAAGAUGGGUUGUAACCCCAUUUGAUACGUCACCAAUACAUCAUAUUGAGUUACUGAUUGUAAA